AUGGAGUUUUUACCGAUUUGUAUCGAGGUCCUCGGCCCCAUGGACCAUAACAUCUCCGGGCUUUUCAAUCGAAUUUGUAAAAAUAUCAGUAUUAGGUCAGGCGAUAGUAGGGAAUAUUUUUUCGCUAUGAAUAAUAUCUCGUGCAUCCUGCAGCGAUUUUUGCGCGUCUGUGUGUUGGAAAAUGUAGAGUUGAAUGCCGACGGGAUAUUAGCAAAAAAAAUACUUACCCGCGAUCUAGAUUCAUUAAAUUUAGAAAAAGAUGAUAAAAUAAAGCCAAACAGUUCUGGAAAUUCUAAAAAGGACAAGUUAAAAAAAUUAGAAGAACUAUUUAUUGAAGAAAGAAACAUCUUUCGAGAAAUCGUAAAUAAUGCAGCUAUUAACAAUAGCCCAAAAGUAGAAAGAAAGCAGCAAUCUGAUUGCAAGACCGAAUCGAGCAAGCAAUCUGACUGGUCAGAGAUUGUAAAACGUAAAAUUGAAAAGAGCUCAAAUGUUCAACACGUGGCGAAUGUUCAACACGUGGCGAAUGUUCAACACGUGACGAACAUGAACAUGUUGAAAACAAAGAAAAAAACACACAACACAAACAUUGCAAAUAUGAAAACAGUUAUAGGCACCCAAACUAAUAAACAAACAUAUUUGAAAGCGAUGAAACCUUCGCCAAAAAGAAAAAGCAAACGAGGCGGAGGUGUUGGUGUGUUCAUAAAGCAUGACAAGCAUGUUGUAAAUGAUAACAGUGCAUUUGAUGAUGAAAAUGUCGACGUUCUCUGUGUGGACAUUGAAUCGGGGCAUGCUUCAUCUAGGGUUAACAACGAGAAUAAUAUAGAUACAGCAUGCCUGAAUUUCUAUAAUAUACUCAAUAAAACUCUUGACACAUACGCACCUCUGCAGUGGCAGAAACAAAAAUAUAAAAAAGCAUGGGUAUCUGAUGAAAUAAUAAAAUUAUCAAAAAUACAGAAUCGACGGUAUAAAAUAGCAGUCGCCGCACCAAACUCCGCUAAUGUUGAAAAAUAUAAAAAGUUUCGAAAUUACUUUACAUUAGUAAAGAGAAAGGCAGAAAAAAAUUAUUUUUAA